UGAAGCACUUGCAUUGAUAACCUGCAGCUCAGAGUCACUCAGUCUCACUUUGUGGCCAUCCCCCUCGCCUGGAACUCCCUUCGCCCUGCUCUGUCUCCUUUCUUGCUUCUCACUCUAGGACUGUCUGCGGACACGCUCAGACUCCCGCGUUUACUUGUCACCCCUCGGACGCUGUCACCAUGACACCAACCCCGCCGUUGUUCCUGCUGCUGCUCAGCCUCAUAGGGGCUCAGGCCACCGUGGACGUCCGCACGGCCGCUGCCAUGGCGGCAGGUUUGUGCAAAACUCGUCCCACAGACAUUGUGUUCAUCAUCGACAGCAGUCGGAGCGUUCGCCCUUCUGAGUUUGAGCAGGUCAAGGUCUUCCUGGCUAAGGUCAUCGAGGGGCUGGAUAUUGGACCCAACGCCACCCGUGUGGGAGUUGUCAACUACGCCAGCCGUGUCAAGAAUGAGGUGUCUCUGAAGACAUACCGCACCAAAGCCGGGCUAAUUAAGGCUGUGACCAAGAUCGAACCCCUGUCCACUGGAACAAUGACUGGUCUGGCAAUCCAGUUUGCCCUGAAUGUGGCCUUCAGUGAGGGCGAGGGCGCUCGUGUCAAAUCUCCUGAUAUCAGCAAGGUUGCCAUUAUUGUGACAGACGGGCGUCCCCAGGAUAACGUGAAAGAUGUGGCUCAACGUGCACGGGAUGCCGGUAUUGAGAUUUUCGCCAUCGGUGUGGGACGUGUGGACAUGAGCACUCUGAAGCAGAUGGCCAGUGAUUCUCUGGAUGACCACGUGGACUACGUGGAGAGCUACAGCGUCAUCGAGAAGCUCACCAAGAAGUUCAAGGAGGCCUUCUGUGUGUCGGACCUGUGUGCCACCGGGGAUCAUGACUGUGAGCAGGUAUGCAUCAGCUCCCCUGGAUCAUUCAAGUGUGCCUGCAAAGAUGGCUUUACCCUCAUGGACAAUGGUCGCAGCUGCAGUGCUUGCAGCAACUCUGCGACAGAUGUAGUGUUCCUGAUCGACGGCUCUAAGAGCGUGCGUCCUGAGAACUUUGAGCUGGUCAAGAAGUGGAUCAACCAGAUCAUCGACAAACUGGAUGUUUCUGAGAGCAAGGCUCACGUUGGACUGGUUCAGUACUCCAGCUCAGUCAAACAGGAGUUCCCCCUGGGCCGCUACAACAACAAGAAAGACCUGAAGGACGCUGUGAAGAAGAUGGCCUACAUGGAGAGGGGAACCAUGACAGGCCAGGCUCUCCACUAUCUGACAGACAACAGCUUCAGCGCCGGGCAGGGCGCCCGGCCUGGAGUAGCCAAGGUGGGCAUUGUCUUCACCGACGGACGCAGCCAGGACUACAUUGGAGAUGCCGCCAAGAAGACCAAGGAGCACGGUUUCAAGAUGUACGCUGUUGGAGUGGGCAAUGCAGUGGAGGAUGAGCUGAAAGAAAUUGCCUCUGAGCCCACUGGAGAGCACUACUUUUACACUGCUGACUUCAAGGCUAUGACCCAGAUCGCCAAGAAGCUGCAGAUUAACAUCUGUCAAGAGGAGGACCCCUGCGAAUGCGACUCCCUCGUGAAGUUCCAAAAGAAAGUAGAAGAGGCCCUACAGGCACUAACAAAAAAAUUAGACAGUAUGUCGAAGAGGAUCGCCUUGCUGGAGAACAAGAUCGUCUGAGGACUCACAUCCCACUCUUUCAUAUACAUCCACACACACACCCACGUACACAAACACAAACUAAUUUUACUUCCUGUAAAAUACUAAGGAGGAACCCGUGUGUGUGAACCCUGACCUCUGCUUGUAUCCUGAGCUCUGCCCCCUCCUCUCUCGGUCUUACCUCUUCCACCCGUGGGUCUCCUGGGACACGAAGCGCCGGUUGCCAUGGGGACCAUGCCUUUGGGUGUGCUCUGAAGGUCAUCUUCUAUAGACAGCCUGUGUGUUUGUUAAUAAAAGUCUUCCCUCAUAGGGAAAUGGUGACGGUA